AUUGCAAAACUACCGCGCUACAAAGCGACCCAGUAUCUACCUAGGCCAUCUAGAUAGUGGUUCACUUCAAAAUCAUUUCAAAAUGGAUUUUCCUGAGCGUUUAAUCUUUGACGGUAUGAAUAUACCGCCCUUUCGACCCCUCAAGGAAAAUGUCGAGAAAAGAUUCACGGAAAUCAGGGAUCUGGAAUGCAGGAAAGACGAUAUCAUCCUUGCCACUUACAAUAAAUCAGGAACACACUGGAUUUGGGAAGUUGUGUGUAUGCUGAUCAAAGGUAACACAGAAUACACCAAAGAAAUUAAGGAAUUUUUCUUCCUGGAAGCAAUUCCUGACUUAGAUGUCGUCCAUAACCUCCCUUCUCCCCGACCAAUGAAUACACAUCUCCCAUACCGAUGGCUGCCGAAACAGCUGACGGAAAAAGGCGGGAAAAUAAUACACGUCAUCCGUAAUCCUAAGGACGUAGCAGUGUCUUUAUAUCAUCACUUGGUGGAUUUUGGGUUGAGUAACAUUUCAUUUAGUCAGUUCAUGGAAACCAUGUUCAUGAUCCCAAGCCCAGCAUUUUCAAUGGGCAGCUGGUAUGAUUACGUGAAGGAAUUCGAACAAGCAGCCGAAAACGACAAGCAUGGUGCUAUCCUCACAACGUUCUAUGAGAGCAUGAAGAAGAAUCCCAUCGACGAAACCAAACGCCUAGCCAAAUUCUUAAACGUUGAAGCAAGCGAUAAACUCAUUGAAGACAUUGUAGAGAAAUGUAGCUUUGGAAAUCUGAAAAAUGCUGAUAAAACCAUCAAAGACCAGUCAAUAUUAAAGAAAAUCAUUGACUUACCGAGUGUUGACGGGCAAGCUAAACCUAACAUAUAUCGAAAAGGUAUAAUUGGAGACUGGAAAAACCACUUUACGGUAGCUUUGAAUGAGCAGUUUGAUAAGAUUUACGCAGAAGAGAUGAAAAAUUCCAAACUUCCUAUUCAGUUCGAGUAGAGUGUUAAGUGUGCCUUGGAUCUAAUCACAUUAACACCUGUAACAUGCCAUGCAUCAUUUUGUAAUGCAAGAGGAUUAUUGAUAAAAAUUAAAAACAUAUGAGAUGUUAUAUAUUUUGAGAAAAUUUUACUUCGAAGUAGAGAAGAUUCACAAUGUUGGGCUUACAA